CGGGACUGUGCCAAAGAGGUCCCGGAGGCUAGCGGGCCAAACCCGGCCGCUCCUCUCUAAGUAGCUUUGCACCUCUUUCUGCCCGCCGCGUCGGCGGCGUCGGCGCUCACAUAGAGGCGUGUCACAGCGGCGCGAAGCGGUGCUGGGCGGGAAAGGAGGUCUUGGCGGCGGCACGGACAGCAGCGACAGCGGCCGCUGCAGGGACAGCAGGCGCGGUGGUGCUGUCAAGCGGUCGAGGAAAUGGGAGACCCAGGGUCCGAGAUGGUAGAAUCUGUCUCUCCAGCUGGGCCUGAGGCAUCUGAGUCCACAGCGGAUGAAAAUGAAGAUGAUAUUCAGUUUGUUAGAGAAGGACCAUCAAGACCUGUUCUUGAAUAUAUUGAUCUGGUCUGUGGGGAUGAAGAGCCUACCACCUAUCAUAGUGAUAUUCUGUUCCCCAAAAUGCCAAAACGACAGGGUGAUUUUUUGCGUUUUUUAAAUGUGAAGAAGUUGAAAACAGACACAGAAAGUAAUAAUAGGAACAAAAAUCAUUGUGGAUUGCCUAAGUUGAAGGAAUCACAUUUCAAAUAUGUUGAAAAACCAGUCAUUGAAGAAAAGCCAUCAUGUUCAUCAAAGGAAGAAAUAGAUAACCUUGUGCUUCCAGAUUGUUGGAAUGAAAAACAGGCAUUUAUGUUCACAGAACAGUACAAAUGGCUUGAAAUAAAAGAAGGUAAAUUAGGAUGUAAGGAUUGUUCAACAGUUCGGCAUUUGGGAUCAAAAGCAGAAAAGCAUGUUCAUGUGUCCAAGGAAUGGAUUGCAUAUUUAGUAACCCCUAAUGGCAGUAAUAAAACUACUAGACAAGCUUCUCUGCGAAAAAAAAUUAAGGAACAUGAUAUUUCUAAAGCUCAUGGUAAAAUUCAGGAUUUGUUAAAGGAAUCAACUAAUGACUCAAUUUCUAACAUAGGGGAUAAACAAAAUAAUAAAAAUAUUGAUGCUACUGUAAAAGUUUUCAAUGUUGUUUACAGUUUAGUAAAACAUAACAGACCUUUAUCUGAUAUUGAGGGGGCAAUAGAAUUACAAGAGAAAAAUGGAGAGGUAAAUUGUUUAAAUACAAGAUACAGUGCAACAAGAAUAGCAGAACAUAUUGCAAAAGAAAUGAAGAUGAAGAUAUUUAAGAAUAUUAUAGAAGAAAAUGCCAAAAUCUGCGUCAUAAUUGAUGAGGCAUCUACAGUUUCAAAGAAAAGCACCCUAGUGAUUUAUCUCCAGUGCACAGCUCAGUCAGUACCUGCACCAGUUAUGUUAUUUGUUGCUUUAAAAGAAUUGGUGUCAACUACAGCAGAGUGUAUUGUCAGUACGUUAUUGAGUACUUUAAAUGAUUAUGGUUUUACUAAUGAAUAUUUGAAAGCAAAUUUAAUUGCAUUUUGUUCUGAUGGUGCUAAUACAAUGCUGGGAAGAAAAUCUGGAGUAGCUACAAAGAUGUUAGAAAAUUUUCCUGAAAUCAUUAUUUGGAACUGUUUAAACCAUCGAUUGCAAUUGUCACUUGAUGAUUCAAUAUCAGAAAUAAAACACGUUAAUCAUUUUAAAAUAUUUAUUGAUAAAAUUUAUUCCAUUUAUCAUCAGUCUAAUAAAAAUCAAAACAAGCUUUUAGAACCUGUAGCUAAAGAUCUUGAAAUUGAAAUUGUUAAAAUUGGCCGGGUAAUGGGACCAAGAUGGGCAGCAUGUAGUUUACAAGCUGCCACUGCAGUAUGGUGCGCAUAUCCUAUAUUAUAUCUGCAUUUUUCUCAUUCUUAUUCUGGUUUGGCAAAUAGAUUAGCUAAUAUUAAUUUCUUGCAAGACCUUGCUUUAAUGAUUGACAUUCUUGAAGAAUUUUCACUACUUUCUACUGCAUUACAGUCGAGAUCAACUAACAUUCAAAAAGCACAAAAAUUAAUCAAACGCACCAUAAGGGCAUUGGAAAAUUUAAAAAUUGGUACUGGAAAACAUGAGUCUCAAAUCGAAGGUCUGAUUAAGUCAGAUAAGUUUAAAGAUAUUCCAUUUAAUAAAAAUAAUAAAUUUAAAGCCCUUCCUAGGAAUUUGUUACUAGAAAAUAUAAUUCAACACAUGAACUUACGUCUUUUAUCUGACAGACAGUAUGAGGAAAGUAUUUUUAAUUAUUUUGAUUUGCUAGAACCUUCUACAUGGCCUUACGAAGAAAUAACUUCACCAUGGGUAGCUGGUGAAAAAAAGUUAUUUCAUCUAUGUGAACUGUUAAAAUAUGAAAUUGAUUUAAAAGAUUUUCGAGAAUUUGUAAGUAAUAACAUAAAAUCAAACAAUGUUUCAAUUCCUACAACCAUACAAAAAGCUAAAAAGAUAGUUGGCACUAUUGCAAUCAAUAGUGCCGAAGCUGAAAGAGGUUUCAAUUUAAUGAACAUAAUUUGUACAAGAGUAAGAAAUAGUUUAGCAGAUUGGGAUGCAAUUCCAUUUGUAAAAUCCUGGUCUAAUUGCAACCAUAGGUUGGCUACAGAUACAAGAGUUAGGCAAAAAUCAUCAAAAGCCUUUUAUGAGAAUCAGUUGGCUAUAUGGAACUUAAAAUAAAGAGUAUUUAUGCUUUUAUCAUUUGUAAGUAGUGUGCUAUACAUCUUUUAUACAUAUACAUAAAUUUUUUUUGAAAGCCAGCUGUUAAAUUUUUACCAGUUUGUUGCUACUUAAAAGACAUUCACCAAAAACAAAGUGGAUGUUUUUUUUAGGAGGGAUAGGUUUUUGGUGAUUAGCGCAUACCUGCUAGAGUUGACCAUAACACAUAUUUCAAGGAGUCCUGUACAGAAAAUCCAACCAUUUCCACUUUUGCUUUGUUUUAGUAAGGAGGCAAAAGAAUAACAUAAUCCAGAUAAAUUCUAAACCCUGGAAAUUACGUCAAAAGAAAUGGAAUAAAAACUGUAAGCCUUUUGACUCUUGUCUUUCUCAUUUCUGUAUCUGUUCUGCCUAAUAUAGUAACCACUAGCUACAUGUGACUAUUAAGCACUCAAAAUGAGUUCAGUAGGACUAAGAAAGUAAGUUUUUUAUUUAAAUAUAAAAAUGAAAACAGUGUAAAAUAUUUUUGUUUAACUUAACUUUUUUUUAGAAAUAUGUUUAACUUUGUUACCUUGUUUAAAACGUGAUUGUUGUAGUGUGCCUGUCAAACUCCUGUACCAUGUCUAGUGUUACAUAAAAACAUUACUGAUUGAGUUAGUGUUGACAGAUGGAUUCAAUGCAAAUUAUUUUUUUCUAUAAAUCAACAUAACAUGUUUAUCUAAACACUUUAUACAGACAACAGGAAGUAGUGAUAUUUAUGUAAAUUGUAAUUGGUAAUUGAAGUACUUAUUUUAAUUAUAAUUAAAUUAUUUUUCUAGUUUAGACAUGAAUAUGAACAAAUUUUAAAAUUUAAAAUGAAAGCAUACUGAAAAAGUCAACUGGAGAUGCAGAAACUAGUACUACAACUGGAACAGUAAACAGACUAGAAGAAGGUAUUACAGGUACCCGAAACAAAGAACCUUCAGUUCUAAAUCUAACAUUGGAUUUUGUUGGAGAAUCUACAGCCUCCCUGGCAGUGAGCACAAAGAAAUGUGCAGUGACAGAGACAUCUGUAACAUUGCUGGCUCUCCUGAUGGAGCAACAACCUUGCUAAAGAAGCAUUGGAUCCAACAAGAGAAAUUCUGGCAGCCAAAUAAGCAUGAACUAUGUUGUUUGGAAAUACACAUUUCCCCAUCCCAAAAUAAAAUUAGUAUAUGGAAAA